UGGACAUUCCGUCGCUGUACUAGGAAACGCAAACUCGCCCCCCGGACGCGGUCACUUCCUCUGGAGGGAACGCAGACCGGAAGAGGGUGUGGCGAAGCGGAAGUCGGCUCACAUCAGGAAGAAGUGGCAGCAGCAGCAGCGAACCAGCAGCGUCAUGGCCGGAGUCAACAGCAUCGAGGCGGUGAAGAGGAAGAUCAAAGUCCUGCAGCAGCAGGCCGACGAGGCCGAGGAGAGAGCUGAAGUCCUGCAGAGACAGGUGGAGGAGGAGAAGAGGAGCAGGGAGCAGGCGGAGGCGGAGGUGACGUCGCUGAACAGCCGCAUGCAGCUGCUGGAGGACGAGCUGGACCGAGCCAAGGAGAGGCUGGCUGCUGCUCUGCUCAAACUGGAGGAGGCUGAGAAGACUGCUGACGAGAGCGAGAGAGGGAUGAAGGUGAUCGAGAACAGAGCUCUGAAGGAUGAGGAGAAGAUGGAGCUGCAGGAGCUCCAGCUGAAGGAGGCCAAACAGAUCGCUGAGGAGGCCGACCGCAAGUACGAGGAGGUGGCUCGUAAGCUGCUGAUGAUUGAAGGACAAAUGGAGCGAACCGAGGACAGAGCUGAACAGGCUGAGAGUAAGGUCCGCAGGUUGGAGGAGGAGCUGAGGAGUUUCGACCAAACACUGAAGAGCUUGCAGGCGUCUGAGGACAAGUAUUCUCAGAAGGAAGACCAGUACGACGAGGAGAUCAAAAACCUGACCGACAAACUAAAGGAGGCCGAGACCAGAGCUGAGUUUGCGGAGCGCACGGUGGCCAAACUGGAGAAGAACAUUGACGACUUGGAGGAUGCUCUGACCUCGGCCAGGAACGCCAACGCCGAGCUGCAGGCCACGCUGACCCAGACCAUGGAGGAGCUGAACUCCUGCUGAGCCUCCUGGAAUUCCUGCUCCUCCUCCUGACCUCCUGGAACUCCUGGAACUCCUGCUCUUCCUCCUGACCUCCAGGAUCUCCUGGAACUCCUGCUCUUCCUCCUGACCUCCAGGAUCUCCUGCUCCUCCUCCUGACCUCCAGGAUCUCCUGGAACUCCUGCUCUUCCUCCUGACCUCCAGGAUCUCCUGCUCCUCCUCCUGACUUCCUGGAUCUCCUGCUCCUCCUGUCCUUCAGGAUCUCCUGCUCCUCCUCCUCCUCCCGCUGCUCCUUCACUCUGAAAGUUUCCUAUUUUCUCACAUUCCUGCUGUGAACUUCCAAUUUUUACUUUGAAUUUUGCUUCAACUUCCUGCCGACUGUCCUCCUCCUCCCUGCCGGUGCCAUCGCCUCCUCUUCCUCCUCCUCCUGCUCCUCUUCUUCCUGCUCCUCCUCUUCCUCAGUGUUGAUGAAGGCCAGACAAGGGGCUGAUGGGAUGUGUUCUAUAAGGGAGAAGUUUAACUGCAUGACUUAACGAGCUGUUCCCUCGUUAAAGCUUGUUGACUAACAACUAAUUAGCAGCUGAGAGUCUAACGGUUUGUCUGAUGGGAUGAUGACGUCAUUAUGACAUCAUUUGAUUGACAGGUGUUGUAUGGAUGCUUUCCUACAUAUUAGAGUUUGACGAUUGCCCAAUUAUAGCCAAGUUCCUUUGUUUGCCAAUGUUUGUUCCUUUGUGGGCGGGGUGUCUGGGGGGGGCGGGGUUAUCAGCCAAUCACAGCACAUUCCACUGCCAUGGUGAGACCACGGUCCAAUGAGAGGCCAGAGGCAGAAGGGAGACACGCCUCCUGUCAGUGCAAAUGAUUUAAAGUUUAUUUUUCUUGCCAAUAAAUUGAGUUUUGACCUUUUUACAGUGAAAUCAAGUGAAAAUAUAAAGCAUGAGGAUGUUUUUACCUGGAAGCUUCCAGCCAGUGUUGUCAGCAGUUUGUUAUGUCACGUCUCAUUGUAAUAAUCAUGACACAAAUUGACACAGGAUUUUAUAAAAUAAAGGACCAAAAGUAUAUCUGCACUCCA